AUGCCUUCCUUGCCGAUGUCUCGUGCUCGGAGCAGCCGCGUGCGUGGCUUCGCCCUACUUGGGCUUGGCUUCCUCGCGCUAUGGGGUUUCCAGGGACAGAGUGCAUUCAGCAAGGCACCGGUGGAAGAGACGGAGGCUUCAGGCAUGACGAAGGUGAUUGCCGACCAUGCCCUCCUCAUGUCAAUCGUGUCGAUGAUUAUUUGUGGUGCUUUGGCAUACACCGAGCAGCCACAGCCAGCAGCCGCUGGUCCAGCCGAGAAGCGGCCAGACUACAGCACCUUCGUGAUGAUCUCGAACAUUCUGUGCUUCGCAUCCGGAUUCGUGAAUGCAUUGGCCAUCAUCGACAUGGGAAUGACGGUCUCCCACCAGACCGGCAACACCAGCCACACGGGUUUGAUCAUGAACGGCGGCAUCAAGUUCUUUCACUUGAUGCUCUCCUUCGCCUGCGGAUCCUUCGUGUCUGGCUUCACCAAGUGCGACCAGGAGGCUAUCUACCAGGGCCGCUACUCGCCCAACCUGUUGGCGUCAGCUUUUGCUGUGGUGCUCGGGUGCUUCGUUCAUUACUGCAAGUCCGAGAACGGUAUCGCCAAUGAUGAUGCCUCCGAGUGCUUGUUCUUGUGGGCCUUCUCGCAGGGCAUCCAGAAUGGCAUUACUCGAAGAUGCAGCUCCCUCCCAGUAUGCACCACACACUUCACUGGCUAUUUGACCGACUUCGGUGUGGGUCUCGGCUUGUGGGCCCGUGCGCAGGCAGAUGGCGCCGAGCCGCCCACCCUGCUGAAGGUCUUCCUCUUCGGGUCCGGCAUUUUCUUCUUCGGUCUCGGCGGAGUGGCGGCCAUGGAGACCCACCCUGCGUGGGGCGCACAGGCAGCUCUGAUCCCAGCCGCCAUCAUGGCAGCCGUGGCUGGUGGCCUCAUCCCUGUGAUCAAACCGGGUGCCAAGAGCGCUUGA